ACUUCAUCGACAUACUUUCUAGACAAUAUUAUGGGUACAUUCUGUGGUACAUACUCUCCAAAUCUACAAGUUUAAGAUACUUUGUUUUUGACAGACACGAUACAAAACUUACUGUUACCCUCCAAUAACAGCAACAUUAAAUAUUGUUACACACCCUCCAAUAACAACUGGGUUAUUGAGGUUAGAGCGAACGGCUUUUCAUUCACGAUGCUUAGAUCGAUCAAUCCCACAAUCCUCUGCUGACAUUCUUUAGCAAAAAUGGCGAAUGUUGCACCUGACUACGACAAGGCAGGAGAUGGUGAAGAUGUCAAAGUGAAAGUAAUAUGUCUAGGAGACAGUGCGGUUGGCAAGUCAAAGUUGGUGGAAAGGUUCCUCAUGGAUGGAUACAAACCACAACAGCUGUCGACAUUUGCCCUUACACUUUUUAACUACGAAACAGAAGUUAACAACCAGAAAGUAUCUGUCGAUUUCUGGGACACAGCAGGCCAGGAGAGAUUUAAUAAUAUGCAUCCAUCCUAUUACCACCAAGCACAUGCCUGUAUACUGGUUUUUGAUUCGACGAGAAAAGUAACAUAUAAAAAUUUAUCAAACUGGCUAAAAGAAUUACAAGAGUAUCGACCAGAAAUCCCCUGUCUAGUAGCGGGUAACAAAAUAGAUGAUGUGUUACAGAUAUUUAUAUGUUUAUGUAUAAUGUUACAGAUGUUUAAGGAUGCUAUACGAGCAGCCGUGGCCUACAAGUCCGAUUCCACUGACUUUAUGGAUGAGAUCAUGAGGGAACUUGAGAACUUUGAGUUGGAGACAGAGCAGAAAGACAGUGGACUGGAAUCAGAAGGAAAUUCAGAGGAUAAAGAGGAAGGAAACAAGGACAAAACUGACAGCUGAGGUCAAAGGUCAAGGUCAUCUGACCUUACCUUCUUUAUGUUGACUAAGUUAUGCAUCUAUUUAUUGACAUUUUUUUGAAAGACAAGCAAACAAUAUCAUGGAAUUAUAGCUGCUAAGCAGCCACAAGUCUUGCCUGUACUCCUCCACUGUCUAAACAGACCCUACAGGCCACAGAUCUAUCUAAUGUAAACUGUGUGAUAUUGUUAGACUGGUGUUUGAUGAUGUUGGAUGAACAGGGGGAGACAAAUCAUGUCGACUGUGUGAUGGUUUCAGUCUGGUGUGUUAUAUUGAUCGAUCAAAGGGGAGACAACCAUUGUUUACUGUGUGAUGUCAGGUUGGUCUGUUGUAGGAAUAGAUCAAAGGAGAGACAACUCUUGUUAACUGUGUAAUGUCCGGUUGGUCUGUUGUAGCAAUAGAUCAAAGGGGAGACAACCAUUGUUUACUGUGUGAUGUCAGGUUGGUCUGUUGUAGGAAUAGAUCAAAGGAGAGACAACUCUUGUUUACUGUGUGAUGUCAGGUUGGUCUGUUGUAGCAACAGAUCAAAGGGGAGACAACACUUGUUAACUGUGUGGUGUCAGGUUGGUCUGUUGUAGCAAUAGAUCAAAGGGGAGACAACUCUUGUUUACUGUGUGGUGUCAGGUUGGUCUGUUGUAGCAACAGAUCAAAGGGGAGACAACUCUUGUUUACUGUGUGAUGUCAGGUUGGUCUGUUGUAGCAAUAGAUCAAAGGGGAGACAACUCUUGUUUACUGUGUGGUGUCAGGUUGGUCUGUUGUAGCAACAGAUCAAAGGGGAGACAACUCUUGUUUACUGUGUGAUGUCAGGUUGGUCUGUUGUAGCAAUAGAUCAAAGGGGAGACAACUCUUGUUUACUGUGUGGUGUCAGGUUGGUCUGUUGUAGCAACAGAUCAAAGGGGAGACAACUCUUGUUUACUGUGUGAUGUCAGGUUGGUCUGUUGUAGCAAUAGAUCAAAGGGGAGACAACUCUUGUUUACUGUGUGGUGUCAGGUUGGUCUGUUGUAGCAACAGAUCAAAGGGGAGACAACUCUUGUUUACUGUGUGAUGUCAGGUUGGUCUGUUGUAGCAAUAGAUCAAAGGGGAGACAACUCUUGUUUACUGUGUGGUGUCAGGUUGGUCUGUUGUAGCAACAGAUCAAAGGGGAGACAACUCUUGUUUACUGUGUGAUGUCAGGUUGGUCUGUUGUAGCAAUAGAUCAAAGGGGAGACAACCAUUGUUUACUGUGUGAUGUCAGGUUGGUCUGUUGUAGCAAUAGAUCAAAGGGGAGACAACUCUUAUUAACUGUGGUGUCAGGUUAGUCUGUUGUAGCAAUAGAUCAAAGGGGAGACAACCAUUGUUUACUGUGUGAUGUCAGGUUGGUCUGUUGUAGCAACAGAUCAAAGGGGAGACAACUCUUGUCAACUGUGGUGUCAGGUUGGUCUGUUGUAGCAACAAUCAAAGAGGAGACAACUCCUGUUAACUGUGUGAUAUUUUCAGACUGGUUUGUUAGUGAUAGAUCAACAGGGAUUCAUGUGAACUUGUUAACUGUAUGAUGUUGUUAGACUGGUGUGUUAUAGUGAUGAAUCAUUGGGGAACAUUAACACCUCCUUGUAGUAGGUUGUUGAUCUUACAAAGAAUUGAGAAAUUGAGGAGUAAGGUUUGUGUAUAAUCCUUAGACAACAAUAGCACGUUUGUGUUACCAGUCUGAGAGAUAUAUGUGGUUUGUGUUAUCAUCAGCCCGAGAGCUAUAGCUUGUCUGUGUUAUCAGCCUGAGAGCUAUAGCUUGUCUGUGUUAUCAGCCUGAGAGCUAUAGCUUGUCUGUAUUAUCAGCCGGUGAGCUAAAGCUAGUCUGUGUUAUCAGCCGGUGAGCUAAAGCUGGUCUGUGUUAUCAGCCGGAGAGCUAUAGCUUGUCUGUGUUAUCAGCCUGAGAGCUAUAGCUUGUCUGUAUUAUCAGCCGGUGAGCUAAAGCUAGUCUGUGUUAUCAGCCGGUGAGCUAAAGCUGGUCUGUGUUAUCAGCCGGAGAGCUAUAGCUUGUCUGUGUUAUCAGCCUGAGAGCUAUAGCUUGUCUGUAUUAUCAGCCGGUGAGCUAAAGCUAGUCUGUGUUAUCAGCCGGUGAGCUAAAGCUGGUCUGUGUUAUCAGCCGGAGAGCUAUAGCUUGUCUGUGUUAUCAGCCUGAGAGCUAUAGCUUGUCUGUAUUAUCAGCCGGUGAGCUAAAGCUAGUCUGUGUUAUCAGCCGGUGAGCUAAAGCUAGUCUGUGUUAUCAGCCGGUGAGCUAAAGCUUGUCUGUGUUAUCAGCCUGAGAGCUUUAGCUGGUCUGUAUUAUCAGCCGGUGAGCUAAAGCUGGUCUGUGUUAUCAGCCAGAAAGCUAUAGCUGGUCUGUGUUAUCAGCCAGAGCACUAUAGCUGGUCUGUGUUAUCAGCCAGAGAGCUAAAGCUGGUCUGUGUUAUCAGCCAGAGAGAUAUAGCUGGUCUGUGUUAUCAGCCUGAGAGCUAUAGCUAGUCUGUGUUAUCAGCCUGAGAGCUAUACCUGGUCAGUGUAAUCAGCCUGAGAGCUAUACCUGGUGUGUGUUAUCAGCCUGAGAGCUAUACCUGGUCUGUGUUAUCAGCCAGAGAGCUAUAGCUGGUCUGUGUUAUCAGCCUAAGAGCUAUAGCUAGUCUGUGUUAUCAGCCUGAGAGCCAUACCUGGUCUGUGUAAUCAGCCGGAGAGCUAUACCUGGUGUGUGUUAUCAGCCUGAGAGCUAUACCUGGUCUGUGUUAUCAGCCUGAGAGCUAUAGCUAGUCUGUGUUAGCAGCCUGAGAGCUAUAGCUAGUCUGUGUUAUCAGUCUGAGAGCUAUACCUGGUCUGUGUUAUCAGCAUGAGAGCUAUAGCUGGUCUGUGUUAUCAGGCAGAGAGCUAUACCUGGUCUGUGUUAUCAUCCCGAGAGCUAUACCUGGUCUAUGUUAUCAGCCUGAGAGCUAUAGCUAGUCUAUGUUAUCAGCCAGAGAGAUAUACCUGGUCUGUGUUUUCAGCCUUAGAGCUAUAGCUGGUCCGGUUAUCAGCCAGAGAGAUAUAGCUGGUCUGUGUUAUCAUCAGCCUGAGAGAUAUACCUGGUCUUUGUUAUCAUCCUGAGAGCUAUAGCUUGGUGAUGUUAUCCUAGAAUGAGUGCUUUAUUUCAUGCUGAUGGUGGUGUAAUUGAACUUUUGUUGAUGAUUUUCAUUCCUGUAGUUAAUAAAUUCGAUUUUAUCUUCUUUUUCUGAAUUUUGCAAUAAGAAGUUCUCAGAUUGUAAGACAUGCUUAACUAUCAGUUGUCUGUUUAAAUGCAGUAGAAGCCCCCACUGGUUUGAUUAGAGAGUAUGCAUUAGUCAUUCAUUUAUAUUUUACAAUGUUACGGUUGUGUAUUUGUAGUAUCAUGCUGAUAAUAUCAAAAUUUGUAGCAUACCAAAGCUGUUAUCAUAUGGUUGUCUGUUUAGUUGCAUGUAUACGUGCUGGAAUUGCCAAAUUUGUGUUUGUUUUGUAGAUAUAGCAACACCGCAUUCAACACUUUUUAAUUUUUUCUCUGAUUGAUUUCUCAUACAUAAAGUACAAAAUUAAAACAGAUUUUUUCUUGUACUAUUCUAAUAUUGAAGUAUAUUUUGUUUAGAAAAUGCAUCAGAAGGAUUCAAAGUAAAUACUUUGGAUUAAAAUGUGAAAAAAAAUAACUUGAACUUCAUUUUGAAAGUGCUGUUCAACAUGUAAGGACUAUCAAGGUCCAUCCUAUAGAUUUAAUGUGUUUGGUUCAGAAAUCAAAAUCGCAUGCAUAGAAUCUUGUUGAAAUUUUUAAAAAAAACUCAGGUUUUCCUAGAAAAUAUUUGUAUUUUGUGGUAUAAUUGUACAUACCUACAACAAAACAAAACCUAGUGAUUUGUGAUCUUGAAUAAUCUAGCUAUAUUGGAACUAUACAAACUAUUUUUUGUGUACCAUAUGAAACAUGUCAUAUUUUCCCCAGUGUUACGAAGUACAACCAUGAGAGGAAAGUUAGAUUAUGACACACUACCCAGGUCCCUUCGUGAGUACCACUCUAUCAGAGAUCACUGUUUACAAGUGAUAUAGAGUCACAAGCUUCGCUGUGAUGUACAUGUAUCUAUUGUACAACAUGAUUCAUGGACUGGUGGAAUGUGACAGUAUUGUAAGGACACGUGUGAUUGGAAGAGUUUAAAGAAAUUAAAAAAAAAAGAUCUGCAUUGUGUAGAGCAGGAUUUCAUUGGAGGAAUAGAAGGAAGCAUUUUGAUUGGUGGAUGUAUUAGUGUGACCGGAAUGUAAAGAAGUAUUUGAUUGGUAGAGCUAGGAUUUUGAUUGGAAUGAAAGGAAGCAUUUGAUUGGAAGAAUGAGGAUUUUGAUUGUUAUGAAAGAAAGCAUUUGAUUGGAAGAAUGAGGAUUUUGAUUGUUAUAAAAGGAAGCAUUUGAUUGGUAGAAUGAGAAUUUCGAUUGUUAUGAAAGGAAGCAUUUGAUUGGCAGAAUGAGAAUUUUGAUUGUUAUGAAAGGAAGCAUUUGAUUGGUAGAAUGAGGAUUUUGAUUGUUAUGAAAGGAAGCAUUUGAUUGGUAGAGAUUAGUCAAAGGGGCUGGGUGUCGGGUGGAUGUUUACUGAAAUUAAUAGGCAUUGUAUUGUUCAUUGUGAAACACAUUCAAUAGAAUAUAUGUGCCCAUGUGGUCAAUUAAGACCUUUGCCAAUGUUAGGUCCAUGUGGUCAAUUAAGACCUUUGCCAAUGUUAGGUCCAUGUGGUUGGUGAUGGGACCAAACCGUCAUGUAGAGAGAAUGUUGUACCUACAGAUUGUUGUAUUGAGGUUUGGUCUCCUAAGUAAGUGUAUGUGAGACCAUUUUUAUGUGUAGCCUUUGAUUACAUUCAUGUCUUGUUUGUCGAGUUACUUCACCCUUGGUGGAUAGACGAUGUCCUUUAGAAUAUCCACACUUGUAAUUUCUGACAAGGGUGCCUACCUGCUGAAAUAUUAACUAUUUACAUGUCUGUGGCAAUUCAUGUUAAUUUUGAGCACCAAUAAAAUCUCUGCAGUGUUAAUUUUGGACCCAUAUCUCUGCUAAUUUUUAUUUGGAACACAUACAGUAUGUGCUAAUGUUGAUUCGUACACAUAUCUGUGCUAAUGUUGAACAGACACCUGUGCUAAUAUUAAUUUGUAACAGAUAUCAGUAAUUAUUUUGAACAAAUUUCUUAUCAAAUUUGAAAAGAUAUCUAUGCUAAUAAUUUUAACUGAAUUCUGCUGUUAAUUUUGUACACACAUCUGUGAUAUUAUCUCAGAUCACAUGUCUGUAUAAAUAUUACCUAGAAAUAAAAUAACUUGUGACUAAGACGCGAUUUGAUGGACCAGACUGACUAGUCUGUUGUGCAUCAGUAAUUACUGCACAUUAGUUUUUGUGAUUAUGUUUUUUAGACCAUUAAAACGGAAAUUCAUAGA